GUGUACCCGAUCAUUCCAAUGCAUAUUAAUACCUCUCUUGCUCAGCGCCGCGAGACCAGUAAACCCUAGCAAGGUUAUUUCUUCAUUUUUUGUACUUUGGAUUAUUUCUGCUUUGCUUGCCAUGGCCGAUGAUGAUGGCUACCGAUGCCAGCAGCGGCGGCGGCGGCGGCUGGUGCAGAGGAUGGUGGCGUGCUUCGGGAUGUUGUCGCGGCGGCGGCGGACGGUGAGGCUGGUGCUGUGGGGAGGCGAGGUGCGGGCGGCGAGGCACGGGAAGAUGGCCGGGCAGGUGAUGCUCGACUUCACGGACAGCGUCGUGUGCCGCGCCGACGGGUUCUGCAUCGGCCGCCCGGCGCCGGUGCUGGCGAUCGAGGACCGCCUCGUCGCCGGGAGGACCUACCUCGUGCUCCCCGUCGACCGCCUCCCGCAGGGCUACGACGCCGUCACGGCCGCCUCGCUGGCCGCGCUCUCCUACGACAGGGGCGGCGCCGGCGCCGGCGCCGCCGGGGCGACGUCCAUCGCCGGCGGCGCCAAGAGCCCCUUCGAGUACGUCAAGGGCGACGACGGCCGGACGGUCAUCAAGGUCACGCCGGAGUUCAUCGUGAGAUCCAUCACCUCCUCGAGACCAAUAGGCGCCUGCGCCGCCGCCGGCGACGAGGUGGUGGAGGGCGGCGGCGGCGGCGGCGGGGCGCAGCUGUGCAGCACGCCGGAGCUGAGGAAGCACUACGAGCAGCUGGUGGGCGCGGCGAGGUGCCGCGCGUGGUCGCCGAGGCUGGAGACGAUCAAGGAGCGCAAGGGCGCCAGGAGGAUCGUCGUGGCGGCGGUGAGCCCCGGGCGGCUGUCGCCGGUGGCGGCGAGGCUGCUCGGCCUGGACCGAGGAGCAAGCUAGCUAAGCUGAUCGAUCGAUCAGAAAGCCUUGUAAUUAAUUAAGCUCAAAAUUUCCGUUCUUGAUUGCCGCUUGAUUUGUUCAUUUGAUCAGAUUGCUAGCUGCUCCUCUUGUUUAAUUUGGCAGCAACUAAUUCAUUUUGAUCUGAACAAAUUUAGCGAUGAAUUUGAAUUCGGUUAUUAUUGGAGAGUACAGGUAUAGUUUUAGGAGUUUGCUUGGGAUCGAUGUAUGAUCCGUGUAAUUGAAUUGAAAAAAAAUAUAAAUGUGAAUUAAUAUGCACCGUCAAUUAAUUGUCA